UUCAUGUUCGAGAAGAAUUUCGCUUACUUUUACCGAAUAUUUCACAAUUAAUUUUGACUCACUCUGUAUUUUGCUUGCUUCGCGCUCAACGCUCAAGUGCAAAAACUUGUUUACCUGAAGCUAGACGCGAGCGAAUAUCGCGAAUUUGCGGCAAGCGCGAGACAAGACGAAAGAGAUGUCGACGUUUACAAAUUUCCGAUAUACGUAGGAGGGGCGUCUCUCUUCACGCAUUCUUUCAUGAUCCUCGGGUUUUCAAUUCCGGUGCGCCGGUCGUCAACAGCAGAUUUUCAGUGAAAGAUGAAUCUGGACGCGGAAGUCAACGAUCAUCUCGGGGAAAUCUAUGAGUGGAUUGAUCAGAUCAAGUUGUCCAGGCCGAAGAAAAAUAUAGCCAGGGAUUUCUCCGAUGGAGUGUUAAUGGCGGAACUAUUGAAGCGUUAUUAUCCUAAGCACGUAGACGUUCACAAUUACGUCGCCGGCAAUAGCAUCGCGAAGAAGGUAGACAAUUGGUGUACGUUGAAUCGCAAAGUAUUGUCCAAGAUCGAUAUGAAGCUGAGGAAGGAGCUGAUUAAUCAGCUGGCAAGUUCCCAGCCGGGCGUUAUCGAGAAAGUUCUCGCCGAUCUGCGAGCCAAAAUCUUGAAAGAUUGUAAUACUGACAGAAUAUCUUUAUAUUCUGAUCACGAGGAUGGUAAAGGUGAGACGGUGAAGUCCGUGAUGAACCCCGACGAGGUGACAAACAAAACCGUGCCCCGGCACGUAUUUGUUCGUCUGAAGCAAGAGCUGCAGGAAAAAAACGAAAAGAUCUCUAUGCUGCAACAAAAGGUCUCGCAUAUGGAAAGCGUAAUGAAGCUGAAGGAUCAAAGAAUCGACGAUCUCACGCUGCAGAUCACGAAGCAGUCGCAGGAGCGAGACAUCAAUCCUCUUCCUCUCGUGAUCUCGAAACUCUGCGGCACCAAAUUGUGGUGACACCAGAAUAACGCCAUCGCCACGCACAAACAACAUAGAGAUGUUCCUCUUCGUGGUGCGAUACACCUCCUCGUAUGUCUCUUCGUCGAUCUCUACUGUAGUGACAGUUUCCUCUGCUUCGCCCAGCACCAUAUUUAAAUGCUGAUCAUAAGCCUGAAAUAAUAUUACAAUAUGAUAAUUGGUUUUCAAUUUUUUUACUUGAUAUUUUAGCUUCAAUUUAUAACAAAACAAAAAUUGUGUUUAACAAAGGCUGAUAUACAUAAAAAAAAUAGCAGUAACAUUGUUUAUAAGAAAAGCUAAUAUUAAAAAUGUCUUUAACAAAAUCUGUGCUCUGCAGAAGACAAUUUACUGAAUAUUUUUAAUAAAAUAUUUUUUUAACUGUU